GAAGGAGACGUAGUUUGAUUUCAAGAAUCGAGAAACUGAAGUUGUACACAAGAUUUUUCAGCUAUGAGAGUGCGCAAGGAUGAUGCGCUGAGGCUCCUGCGCACCCGAGACGUGGCUAUUUGGCGGGAAAAUUGGUUAUUGUUGACCAUUUGGUGACAAAGGUCUACCACAAUGACCAGGUCUUCAAUUCACAUGUGAAAGGGUGACUUUAUGAUUUGAACUUGCUUAAGCAAGACCCUAUCUGAAAGCGGUAGGUAGGAAAUGACCGUGUGUGUUUGGAGUUACUAAUGUAAUGUCUACGGGCGAUGAUCUUAGUGAUAGUGGCUCCAUAACGCCGCCAUUGAUAGAGGUUCAACGCAAAUGGGAAGAAUGUCUUGUUGAUGAAGAUGGUUUUGCCGAAGAAAUCUAUCCACAACGAAGGAAGGAUAUUGAUGAAUAUGGUGCCGUUCCUGCAUUGCAUUGUUGUCUUGCAAUAUCAAUAAAGUCACGUGACAGACUAAGAGGUGGCUUUAUUUAUCAUGGUUCCCUAACAAGGCUGUUGCAAAAGCAAGCAACAUGUAAUCAAGAUUUGUUAGAGAAGCCAAGGAUCAAACUGUUUGAUUUUGAUUAUGCUUCUGGCAGUGCUCUCAUGCAACAGAGAGAGAACCUGUUUUAUGCCUUCAGACAAAAAGUAUUUGAGUGUGAAAAUCAAGACAACGAACAAUGUUUUUCAAGAUAUAUUGCACAAUCAGGAAAUACGUCGUGGUUUUAUUCAAAUAUCAGGGAGCAAUGCAGCCAUUUCUUUUGGUAUAUCGACGCAUUUCUCAACAGUCAUUCAACGACGAUGGAGACCUUUGCGACGUUUUCCAAAUCAUUGCAAAAAGAUUUGGAUAGUGCAUGGUUAUUUAUGGGUCCUGUUUCCGACCUGCCAAAUGGUUGUUUUCUGAAAUUUGAUGAGUCGAACGUGGAAAAAAGGCUUUCGCCAUCAUCGCAUUUGCUUCAUUUACACCUCGAAACAAAGUGGUGUUUCAUCGAGAUUUUAUGGAAACUCUAUUCACUUGAAGGUGAACCGAGUACAAUUCAACUUCAUGACAUAGAGGAGAAAACAACGGACUUGCUUAAUGAUCUCAUCCACAUAGCAACACAUAUUCACAAGGGUAUGGUGCCUAGUGCCUUGUUAAAUACUACACCGUUUCUCUGUGCUUGUGUAAAAGAACUGUGGGUUCUAUUGAUUCAAACCUUGGACUUUAUAUCAGGAAAACAUGAAAUAAAGAGUUUUUGGUCUUCUCUAACGCUCAUUUUGAACGAGUUGAUACUGGAUGAAACUGGGGUGGAAAAUAUUUUUCACAAUGGUUCAAGUAAAAUAAGUCGUAAGGAAGCUUUGAUAUUUUGCUGGUGGUUAUUCGUCCAUAUUGCACCUCUCUAUUGGUACGAUGUUAAUGGAGAAUAUUUAAUAAAAGAAAAGGCGAAUGUCUCCGGUAAUGGUAUUUUCCUUCAAGAUUUAUUACGUCAGUCAUUUCUUACUAAGGACUCUCACACAGUCUCAGAAGAUCUUUCUCGAUGUUAUUUAAGUUGCUGUUUGAAGAUUCUGCAACAUUGGCAUCCUAACAACGAUGUCAUAAUUCUUUUGUGGGACUAUUUUCACAAGAAAAUGAAUGAUAUGUUUUAUUUACCAAGUCAAAAGAUUCAAACUGGAGCCUGCACAAGAGGUACGCCAGCAAGUCUGUGGUUUGAGCAGAUGAUAAACAGAUGCAACGAUCCCUUGAUUUGUGACGACAAUGAUACGAGUUUUGAUUUAUUUCUGCGAAUUCUUUCGUUGCAUUUGAGAAAAUUGAAAAACGCUGGAACUGUACAAAUAUGGAAGCAACUUAAAGGACGAUUCUACACAAAAUUCCACAAAAAGAGGAUGGAAGAAUUAUCGGAACAGGGAAUGCUCAAUUUUAGCAAUAUCUUCCUCACACUUGCUGUUUGUGUUGCAGACACAGAUGAUGUUAUUAACAAGAUGAUGUCAUUUGUAAACUUGUUGGAUUUUAAAAAUCUUCAUUACGAGAAGAAAUUGUUUAUUUGGAAAGGUUAUUUCGUUGUGAUGUUUCUUUUGAAAUCGAAAAAAAUUAAUGGUGCGUUCAUUGCUGGGGACGUAUCUCGAAAAUUCACUGAUAUUUGCAGGGACUUUAAGGAAAAAUACAACGACAAAAACCAAAGAAAACAUCUAUGGUCGCUAAUCUCGACAUACAUGGAUUGUACGCUAGAAAUCCUUGCAUAUAGAUCUUCUGAAAGUGUCGGUGAACAUGUGCUUAUUGGCGAAGGUUUCAGUAUUUUGCUGUCAUGUUGUAGUUCUAGUGAACUGAUGUGUUUGUUCAUUUUUACCCGCGAUCUUUUGGAUACUAUAAGUGUGGAAGUCAAUGAUAGCUGGUCAUAUAAAGAAGUAUGUGAACUAUCUUUUGAAUACAUAUUUCCAUUCAUUCGUAAACGUUUAAAGGACCUCAAUCUUGAACCUCAACAUCUGAACGAAUUGCCGAACAUUUUUCUAAAGUUCAUCUCGCUUUCAUGGAAAAUGUCAACAGCGUCGCCUUCAAAUACUAUGAAGAAUUUGACUAGAAUUCACAAUUCUGUACGAGAUUUUGGUCUUAACGAUUCCAUUCCUUCAAGUUUCAGUUGUCAAUUCAUGGCAAGUCUCAUGACGUCACCAGAAGAACUGGAGUUAGUGCUUCAGAGCGAUUAUCAAUUGGAGGUUAUUCACACGUGGUUCCGAUGCUCACUCCAGAUUCCUUCACAAGAUCAACAUCUUUUAACAUUAACGAGGAUUGUAUUUCUAAAGUUGCCGGAGGCCAGUAGUUUUAUUAAAAUCCAGAAAUCUAUCGUCGCUGGAAACGUCGAAACAGCCAUACUUUCUCUCGUCAAAGGUCUAGGAAUAACAUUUUCAUCUCUGGAUUUGUUGUCAGAAACCGUAAAGUUUCGUGAAAAGGCUUUGCUAGUCAUUGGAGAUUUUCUGAAGUACAUUGAACGAUUUUUGAAACAGGAUGGUCCUCCAGAUAGGCUCAGAUUGUCGUAUAAAGUUGCUGCUUGUCUUGUGAGACAUUGUGCAAAAAUAAUUUACAAAAAGACUCAACACGAUUGCCUUUUACCGAAAAUAGUCGAUCAGUUGAUCUUACUGUUGCAUUCCAAGAAGCCAGUCCCUCCUGCUACAACUCAAUGCAUUAAACUAAACCUUGCAGAGUUCAUUGAAGGUUUGACGACGUUGGAUUUCAGAAGAGAUGAGUACAUCAAACGAAAAAUCAAACAAAUAUUCGCUUCUUAUUUUCACAUAUUUAACCAGAAAUGUUAUCUUGGGACAAAUUCAACUCCUUUAAACCAUCCUUUUCUUGAUGUUUUGAAGAGCUCGAUGUCUACUGAUCCUUCACAAAAUUCCAGUGACUUCCGAUUGUUUGUUAUGAACAUCAUCAAAGAAAAUUAUCUUCUCAUACCGGGACGCACGCCUCAAGAAUUAACUCCAACUUUAUUCUUUCUUGUUGAUGUGUUCGAACGCACGAUCUUACCAAAAGAAACCGCAAGGAACACACCAAUUAUUCUCAAAAACAUUCUUGCCUGUAUUUUGGCGUGUGACAUGAGCAGUCCUGGUAACGAGCCACCUCAUAUUAGAUGCAAAGCCACAAAGAUUUUACAACUGAUGUUGUCAAGUUGUGAAAGAUCACCUGAAAUAACGUCAAGAGAUGAAUUGCUUUUGCUAUUGAAAGAGUUCAUUUCGUCCAACAUUAAUCAAGUUCAGGAAAAAAUAUUUCAAGUGCUGGCAUCCAUAUCAAAGUUUGACAAAGAAUUGGCGGUUUCAACCAUACCAAUAUGCAAAGAAGCAAUUCUUUCUUCUGAACGCCAACGAGGCGUUGGUGCGGACAACAGAUUGAGAACUGGCUUCAAAACGUUUUUGGAAAUUCUUGGAAAAGACUUUGGCGAUACUGACUUUUUAUUUAGUUCUGUAUCCUUUGAGUGGACAUCAAAAAAACCUUUUUAAUUUCAUAAUUUUCCUGUAAAAAUUGUUAAUAAUCAUUAAACCACAAUUAAAUAAAGACUAGAACCUUUUU